UUCAGUGUGUCACCAGUACAGAUGAAGCCCUCUUUGCUGCUUCUGUGUCCCCUCUGGCUGUUCAGCCUCACGUUUCUCUUGUGGCCAUCAGAUUCAGCACAAGGCACCUCCAGCCUAACUUGUUGGUACGACUCGCGGGCAGCUCUCUUCUGUGACUGGAACCCAGGCAGGGACUUGGUUGAAGCACCAUGCCAGCUGGAGAUUUUAUCAAAGUUAGCUUUUUGUGACAGGUUAGUUCCUUUACCUGAGCACUGUGAAUUACCCAAGGCAGAACACAUGACAGGACUGAGGAGAUGCAUCAAGACCUUCAGCAAAAACAGUAAUACUCAAUGCUUCACCACUGCAGAUCGUCUUACCAUGUCUGUCCGUUGCCAGAUUGGGGAGAAUAGGUCUAUACCUGUGCGAAUAGAAGAUUUCAGUCCACUUGCAAAUAUAAAGCUGAGGCCUCCAGGAAAUCUUCAGCUGGUUAGCAAAACUAAAAACACCUACAACUUAACAUGGAGCCUGAAUAUUUCCUCUCACUAUUUGGAUGGGGAGCGGGAAUACCAAGUGCGGUACAGAACAAUGAGUCAGUCCUGGAAGGAUGCCAGGAACUUCACCAUCAUGCAGGACCAGAUGUGGGUGGUAUUUGAGAGCCUCUCACCUGACUUGAAAUAUGAGGCGGCUGUCCGUGCAAGGCCAAGUGCCUUAAGUACCUACAAAGGCGUGUGGAGUGACUGGAGCGAGACAAUACUGUGGAGGACACAUGCUGACCAAACAUCCCAGCCAGUCAUGCCAGAUCUUAUAGUGGGCAGUUGCAUCUUCGUGAUCAUUGGGACUGCCUUCCUUAUUAACUUAUGGACCCUGAAAUGGUUUAAGAAGAUCCUGAAGAUUAACAUCCCAGACCCUGAGAAAUUCUUUCCCCCACUCGUUUCGGUUCAUGGAGGUGACAUUCAGAAAUGGCUCUCCUCUCCAUUCUCCACAUCUUCCUACUGUGUGAACAGCACAACCCCGGAGAUCUCCACGCUUGAGGUGAUGCAGAAGAAUGACCAGGAAUCCCAGCUUCUACUUUCCAAGGGAACCCUGACUCCUGAUCCUCCCUUGGAAACCAGUGGGCACUCUCUAUCCAGCUGCUUCACAAACCAAGGCUACUUCUUCUUCCACCUUUCCAACUCCUUUGAGAUUGAGCCCUGCCAGAUCUACUUCACCUAUGAGCCUUUCACUCAGGAGGGCAGUGGUAGUGAGAAUGGGGAGUCUUACCAUGCUCUCCCCUCCCCAGACCUCUGCUCACUGGCAGAGAACAUGCCUGUGUUUUCCCACAACUUCAUUCACUGUGUCAAGGUGACCCGGGGUGUCCAAAACAGCUCCUUUGUGGAAGAGAGAGAAGGUGAAGCCCAGCAGGCCAUGGCUAUUUCUAGGCCUGUCCAGUCAAGUGAAGGCACCUCACCAACACCGGUUCUGAAACAGGAUGAGAAGGUGAUGGAUAAAGAAGCUUUACAACCUGCUGAGGUUGUAAAGUGCCAGCUGGACACUGACUUUCCUGUCCCAUUAGACCUGCAUGACAGCAAUACUAUCAAUAUAAUGGAGGGGAGUGGGAGGGCAAGCCCUCUGACUGAACCCUGUACACCAGCAGCACAUACUCCCUCUUCUUUCUCUCAGCCUCCACCUCUAAGACAAAGCCAAGAUGAGGAUCCAUGCAGAAUAGCCUUCUCCAGCCAGUUCCCAAACACUGGUGCCUACCUUUCCCUGAGGGACCUCCAAAGCCAGUACAACCAUUGUUCUGUUUAAGAUCUGCCUGGAGGAAACCCACAGAUGGAGAAGGCCUUUUCUGUAGGGAAGGUUAGUUUUUCUAUUUAGGACAUGAAUGUGACUUUGGCAUCAAACCCAUUGGGACUGUUCUUUAAUGAGGCUGGAGAACAGUUACUCUAGAGGUCUGCAAAACCAGGUGUAAAUUCAUGGAUGGCUACCUAGGUAACACUAGUUCCCAAGGUAAGGUGUUAGUGAAAUAAACUGCUGGAAAUGAAAGAACAUUUUGCAUGGACAUCUGUACUAGUGAGUAGUAAAGCAACACAUGGAGAAUGAUAAAAGCACAUAAAAGCUGUUCAUGGCUACACAGCUAAUGGAGAUGUAUAUGACUGAUCCUUAGGCAUACAAGCUGACAAGGACUCACCUUCAUACCUGUUUCUCUGCUAUUACUGGAUCCAAUGGCAUAGAAACCCCUUCCCACACUGCUCAAGUGCCAUUCCAAACCUCAACAGCUUGUUUUUUCUUUACCAGCUCCCAGUAGGAGGCUGUGCCAACACUUCCAUGCUCUCUAUCUCGGUGUAAAAUAGCACUCAGAUUUGAGGCUGACAAGGCACAUGGUCCGUUUGCCUCAUCCCAGCCUAAAAACCUCUAAUGGGAGGGAGAAAUGUCUGAAGAAGUGGAUAUGAGAUUUUGUACGAGGGAUAGUAGCACUGCAAGUCAGUGCUGGGGCUGAUGAUGAAAGGGAUGAAGACAUCUCCUCCUGAGUGAGCAAGGGUGUAAUUUUUUUCUGUGGUGUCCCCACUUCUGUUUUUAAUCAGAGAUUACAUUCUGAGCUACUCAGUCCAGCUUUAGACUUGAGUCUCUAAGGUCAGCUCAGAGCCACAACUGUGUCAGCUGUCUAAGCAGUGCAAUGUAAAAAGAAAUCCCCAUUAUUGAGUUAAAAAUACUGGGGAAAUCCCCUCCCCCACCCUUCUUUCCCUCAGGUGUGAUGAUGGCAGUAAGAAGAACACACACAAUUUCCCAUUCUUGCUGCAAUAUUUUUCAUGAAAUCGAAAGCCUCUCUGCCCUGCUGGCAGAAUACAAUUAUUUGACUAUGAUAAGAUGAUUGCAGAAUAGUUCAUCCCACAUCCUGUAUUAGUGGAAAACAUCACAACGGUGCUGCCCAUUCCUUCCAUUGCUCAAGAGAAACCAUUGCCUAAGUAGUGACAAAGAUGUGGUGAAUGAACCCAGAAAACUAACCCACAAAUCAGCACCUUUGCUGAAAAGAAAACCUCAAUCCACUCACAAAGAAUGGGGAUAGCAAAGACUACGUUUUUUUUCUUUUUCCUCUGCAUUUGCUGAUCUGGGUUGAGAAAAUGCAACACAGAAGAAAAAGUGGCAAGGCAAAGGAAGACAAGCUGUUCUGGUUGCAUCCAUUCCUGCAUUCAACAUCUGUACUGUCCACUUUCUCACCAUAUUUCUGGACUAUGCAGCAGUGGGAAAAUACCAGCCCUGUGGUAAAGAUUUGUUAUAUCUAAGAGUUGCUAUGUCAAAAAGAUUGGGAAUAUUGAUCUUGUUGGUACUUCUGUCACCCCUGUGAGUAUCACCCAGAACUGAUUCUUCCCUACCUCUGUCUGCACAAGCGUCAAGCUUCCUCUUUGUCUUUCGGUCCCACACUAUUACCUGACCUUGCAUUAUACAGCCUGAAUAUCAUGAUUCCCAGCUACAGGGUCACCCACGGACUUGGAUUUCACCUCAAAAGAUCUGCUCAAAGGAGUUUAGCCUGCCUGCAGCUCAGAAGGCUGGGGGAGCUAUACCUCUCUUAUCAUCAGCUUCUUCAUCACCUGCAACUAGACAUGGACUGCUCCUUUGUCUCCAGGAGACAGCAGGUGAAAAAGACCCCACAGCUUCCCAGAUAAGGAAACACAAGUCUUGCCCAGCUUUUUGCUGUACUUUGACAAUCUUCUCAGAUGGAUUUCAGAAAGAGACACUGAAUCCCAUGAUGAGUAAUUUACUAUCUUACAUGGGCUAAGGAUCCUAGCUCUACUGGUGGUUAUCCUGUCCCAGUGUAGAUCUUCAUAAGCUUUCCAAUUAUUCUUGCUGCUAAGAUGAGUACAAAAGAAAAACAUUGUCUCCUUGUAAAUAAAAGGA